AGAUCUUCAUUUUUGGGUGAACUAUCCCUUUAAACUCAGAAAAAGAAAUAUGGUACAAUGUUGCGCCAUCUAUCGGCGAUGUCAUGCUGGUGCUGGAAGUAUCUGCUCACAUUCUGGUCUAAUAAUACCCAGAGCCCACCGUCUGUCAGGUCAACAAUAUCUUGUGACAGACUGCCUCGUUCAUGAAAGGACAUGCGGUCGUUUUUAUGAACAAAAGUAUGAAAUAUUCUGUGCAUUAUCUGUUCCAGAUAUCAAACAGGUGUUUUAUGUAAAUGUAUAUAUUCUUAACAUACUGUCUGAACAGCAAAAGAGGAAUUUAAAGGCACACUGCUGCUGGGAUGUCCCGGGACACCUUUGCUUUCACUUCUGCCUCUCUGCGCUCCUUUCGACUGGAACAGGAGCUUCAGGACUGGGAGGAUGCAAGACGGUCACUGGCACACAGGAGGGCUAUGGCCAGGCGUCCACUGCCUGCUGCCCCCAGGCUUCGGCACGGGAACGAGAGGAUCCAGACAGUCCGUGCUCCCCCACCUCAAAUACAGUGUAGAGAUCCAGCCAUCCACAAUGUCUUCAUAUGUGGAGAUAUGAAGAAAGUGUACGCUGUGCUUAAAGAGCCAGGCAUGGUCAAUGCUUUGAUGGAAACCGUUCACGAAGAAAUGGCGUGGGCCCCGGAGAUGGGAAUGUGGACUCUAAUCUCAAAGGUGAAACAGACGUCUGCACUGCGUCUGGCUGCCAGCAGGGGGCAAUCUGGCUGUGUUGAGGAACUGCUGUUUAGAGGAGCAGAGGUGGAUGCAGACCCAGGUGGGCGUACAGCUUUACACGAUGCUUGCUCUGGCGCUCAUCACAUCUGUGUACGCCUGCUGCUGGAUCACGGGGCCGACCCAGAUGUGCUCUCUGUCGAUGGCAAUGCCCCGUUGCACCUCUGCAAUGCAAUGGAAACAUAUCAGUGUGCUGAGCACUUGGUGACCAGUGGUGCCCUGGUGAAUGUGACCCAACAGGACUCAGGUCUCACCCCUCUUCAUGUGGCCUGCAGAAAAGGGCUGGAGGACCAUGUUAAGCUCUUCCUGUCCAAUGGAGGGGAUGUGACGGCUCAGAGCCAAGAAGGUGAAACGCCCCUGAAUGCGGCCUGUGCUGGGGCAGAGAGGCCGGCAGAGGCUGGACGGUACCUGCGUAUUGUACAGAUGCUGUUAGAGGCCGGUGCCAAUGCGCAAACUGCAGGAAGAAAGAAACAUACAGCCCUGCAUAAUGCUUGUGGAAACUGUUGCCCACGUAUAGUUGAACUACUGCUAAAAGAAGGGGCACAGGCAGAUGUAGCUAAUUGUGCCGGAUACACGCCAAUGGACUGCCUGCUGCAGGUAAUAGAGGAUUACCCAAACCAGCAGCCAGAUGUUGUGGCUCGAUUGCUUCUCAACUAUGGAGCACAGCCUGUCUCCACUAGAACUCAGAUGCUGAAACUCUGUGUUCUGUCUCCUGACACUCUGGAGGUGAUGCUGAAUUGUUAUGAGGUGGUACCUUCAUGUGAGGAGUGGUUAGAGAACAUGCCUGAGGAACUACAAAAGGCACAUAAAUCUUUUUUGGAUUCAGUCAGACAGAUGAUCAAUCAGCCGCGCUCUCUACAGCACCUGUGCCGCUGUGCGCUCCGCCGCCGCCUGGGGUCGCUGUGUCACAUUGCGAUAAACCAGCUGGACAUCCCGAACACUUUGAAAGAUUAUCUGUUGCUGUAUAAUGAUGGACAACUCCGUUGACAGUUUUAAAAUAAGAAAUGUGAAUUACUUUGAGUUAUUUAAAAGGUUAGACUAACAAUUCUAACAGCGUUUUCUGGACAAAUCGUAUAAUGUUUAAGAAUGCUGCUGAUUGGGUAAGAGUUUGCGAAGUCCCAGCAUGCAUUGCGGCAUGAAUGCUUCUACUGUUGUUGUCCUUUUUGAUACCUUUAUCUUAUGUUGUGUGUUUUAAUCCUCAUUUGU